CACGUUUGCGGUUCUUCUUACAUUUACACUUCACGCUCAAACAGUCUGAAAAGGUACAAAAUUCGGAGGUGCCUUUUUUUUCUCCUCUUUCAAAAUCUAAGCUCUCCUUCUCUUCUCUCCGACCACCACCUCCACCGGACUCCAAAUCCAAAUCGGAAUCCUGUCGGGGUUCAAUGGAGGUGCAAAUGGAUGAUUUGAAUGGGACAGUCGAAACUUCUGCAGGAGGGGAAUCAAACAAUAUUGAAGUUGGCCCAUGUCAAGAACCAUAUGAGGGUAUGCUUUUUGAAUCAGAAGAAGCUGCCAAAGUAUUCUAUGAUGAUUAUGCCAAGCGUGUUGGAUUUGUGACCCGUGUUUUGUCAUCCCGGAAGUCUGAGCGUGAUGGGUCAAUAAUCUCUCGUGGACUUGGAUGCAGAGGGAUCUCUGAGAAUCGUAGAAAAGUAAUGCAGAAGGAGUGUGGAGAACAAGAAGUUUGUCCAGCCAUGGUCUUGUUGAAACAAGAGAUGCCUGGAAGAUGGGUUAUCAAGAAAUUUUUGGGGGACCAUAAUCAUCUGUUAGUGAUUCAAUCACCAAAGAUCCGCAAAACACUUGAUGAGAAGGAUAAAAAAAUCCAGGAGUUAUCUGCAGAGCUACGAGUUAAGAAGCGGUUAAGUGCAGCAUAUAGAGAUCAGCUACUCGCCUUUAUCAAGGAUAUUGAAGACCACAAUGCGCACCUUUCAACAAAAGUUCAAUCGGUUUCUAACAAGAUAAAAGAGCUUGAAGCUAAAACAGGUGCUGUAACGCGAUAGGUGAUUUACAGUUGUUGUGUGAGUAUGAUUUCGUUUCUAGGAGGGCCUUAAUUGUAUUUCUCGAAUGUCGAAUCAGAAACUCCGGACUGAGGAAACUUGGAAAUAGGAUGCUUCUGAAUCUUCUAUCUUUCGAGUGUAAAUAUACCUCCAUCAUUUCCUUUGUGAAUUUCUCUACAUGCUGAUCUCCUUCGGACCUCUUUAGAAAGUUCGUGAACCUUCUUAUUUGGU